UUAAAGGAUAUUUGCUCUAUAUUAUUUUCCGUAUAUUAUAUCAUUUGUGCUAAUGAAGCCGAUGAAAAGGUCAGUACCCUCUUGAGCAUUGAGCAUGUACGUAUCAGCAAACUUACUCCUAUGAUAGCUUCGAAGAUUCAGAGCUGUUCCAACCGUAGAGAUGCUCCGCACAACAUGGGAAAAGACUACUAAUCCAUAUGUAUAUAUACACACCUUCCUGGCAUGCGUUUCAUUUCGCUAACCUUCUUUCAGAUCAAAGCCGUAUCUCAUUAUCCUCGCGUAUCUUUACGUCGAAAGAUCCUACUCCCAAGACCAAAAUCGUCGUCACAGGACCGUCCUCUUACCGUGUAUAUUUACUAUGCUCCUCCUCAAGAACAGUUAACCCGCUGUACAGAUCUAAUUUUAGACUUUCCUGGCGGAGGAUUUGUGGCAAUGACUCCAGAGCAUCAUGAAGAACGUCUGCGACUGUGGGCGGUAAGGACUGGUAGACCAGUUUUAGCGGUCGAUUAUGGCAAAGCACCAGAAUAUCCGUAUCCGUUCGCGAUCGAUGAAUGUUUCGAUGUAUACCGUAUCUUAGUGGAAUCAUGUGGGGCUGCCAUCGGGAUGUCUGGAAAGAAGCUCAACGUCAUAUUUUCUGGAGACUCUGCUGGAGCUACGAUCGCAGUCAGCGUUAUGAUUAGGAUCCUAAGCUACAACGCGAAUCUCCCACCUUCUGCUCAACGCCUGCCAAACCCCCUUGCCCUUGUCCUGAACUAUGCCGCCCUUGACUUCAACUUUACCUCUUGGAUGUCGCCAGCUAACCUCCGCGUUCUAAGGUCAGAGCAAUCGUCGGGUAACCUUCCUGGGCUGCGUGGACUGGCACAGCAAAAGGAUCACAUGCAACACGUAAGCCCCCUAAGCAUGGUCGGAGAUCAUCGCCGCAGUAAGGGAAGCGGUAGUAAGCGUCACCUUAAGAGACGCUCGAGUUGGCGAGAUACGUUGCUGGAUUUCACGAAUAAUACAGCAGACGUGGAGCCGACAGGACACCCACCACUUCGCCAGCAUUAUUCCUCAGCUUCCGUAAAAAGAAAAUCAUCUUUAAGGUCGUUUACUGGGCGGCGCAAUCGAGCACAAACGCAGCCAUCCAAAGGUGAAGACAAAGGUUUCUGGGCCGAUUCAGAAAGCGAGGAUGACGAAGAUUUCAAGCAUCUCAAAGAAGAAGACCGUCCUCUCCAAGCUCGAGUCCGAUACGUGCACGCAGAUGUGACGGGGAAACAGGAUGAUCCUUUACAUGCCACUCCUUCUUCAUUGGAAAAGCAACAAGAAGAGCUAUCUGCUGCCGUGGCUGAGGCUGACUCCAAAACAUUAUGGGCAACGGGUGCAAAGGAGAAGGGAAAAGGGAAAGAACGUGAACCUAUCGGAACGAGACUCACCAUGGCAAGCCGGACAGGAUAUUUCCAGGAUCGAAUAAUCUCUCCCAGCAUGAUGCGAGCGAUGGCUAUCUUAUAUAUUGGUCCACAUCGCAACCCUGAUUUUACCACCGACUAUUUUAUUUCUCCAAUCCUCGCACCCGCACACCUUCUUGCACAGUUUCCCCCACUGCUCAUGCAAUGUGGCGAAAAAGAUCCUUUUGUAGACGAUACAGUCAUAUUCGCCGGAAAAGUUCGUGAGGCAAAACGUGCACGAAAAGUUGAGCUUGAUCUUGCACUCGCUGGGAAAAGUGCGCGGUUCGGAGAAUCGCUCAGAAUGAGUUCAGCUAAUGCAGAACAUGCGCAUCCUGGAACAAAGAACUCCGAAGUGGCCGACCUUGUGGCGAUGAAGGUAGAGCGGGACAAGCUCGCGAGAGAAACUGAAGAUGACUGGGUGCAGAUGGUACUAUUUUCAGACUGGAGCCACGGUUAUUUGCAGAUGCCAGCCCUGAUGAGCGAGGCUAAAGCGGUGAUUGACGACUUGGCAGAUUGGAUGGAGGAGGCCUUUGUGUUGCAUGCAGAAAAUGCAAUGAACGACAGACUUGAUGCUGUCAAUGUCCCCAUGGAUACAAUAGGAGGUAAAAAGAGGGUCGAAGGGCGCAGGCACUCACCCCCGUCACAAUCACAAUCGCCUAGACGUGGAGUCAAUGGUGAAAUAGGGCAACCUUCCCCGCAGAGACCUACCAGCGACCCAAGUCCUUUUACAUCGGAGACCGAGACUGAUGACUCGGUGAUCACGUUUGUCCCAAAAAAACGGCCAAGUGUAACAAUGAGGGAGCAUGAGGGGAAUGGCAUUGGCGUUCCAGCGACACCUCCCACACCCAACACGUCUCGGCCGCCAUCUGAUGAUACACUCCGCGAGAGGUCGGACGGUAGCCAUAGUGGAGGCAGUGUCGCCACGCUGGUUCACGACAUGGAUGGCGUGCCCGAUAAAGUCCCCGAGGGUGGCAAGCGCUUUGAAUCACCUACUCGUGCAGAAGCGGACGAAUCUGCUGAUAACGUGGCUCGUCGGGGAACUAGUACUCCAAGAGGUGGUAGCUCUGCAAAAGUUGGCCAAAGGAUCACCGAAAGCGAGCUGAUGAGACGCCGAAGACUACUGGAUUCGCAUAUCUUUGACUGAAUAUCACUCGAAUCUCUGGAAGAGUCGAGAACUCGAACGAUUCUGUACCUAUAUUUCAGCCUAACAUAGUACAAUAGUGUACAGUAAUGAGCAAUGGAAAAGCCUACAAAUUUAAAGGCUUUUAUUU